UUAUGUGGUAACCCAGUGCUACAUAGGUAGUUACAAGAUAGUUUUCAUGGAUUUAAUAAAUUAUCACAUUUGAUUUGCAACUCGUGGAGUGAUAGAGAGUGAAGAUGGCUAUCAUGAAAAUUUUAUUACGAUCGGAUAUCAGAACAUACUCUGGCGUCAGGCUCUUGCAUUUCUGCUAUGACUUUCUCUCAUUGAAAAGUCAUAGAAAAGUUUCUGGGUCAAGGUUCAUUUGUACAAAAAUACUUUCCCCUUGAAAUAAACAACUACACUGCUGUUUAUAGAGCAAUCAAAUUUAGACUGACAGCUGAACUUUUGUCAAGCGCAUGAGUACGAAACCAAAAUUCGGCCUGAUAUUCGAUAUCGACGGUGUCAUAGUGAGAGGUAAAACCGUCUUACCACCAGUGCCUGAGUCAUUCGCGCGUUUACGCGAUGACAGUGGUAAAUUUCGGGUGCCAACAGUAUUCGUAACGAACAGCGGCAAUGCACUGCGUUCGGAAAAGGCACAUGACUUGUCAAAAUGGAUUGGCUUCGAAGUAACCGAGGAUCAGGUUGUGAUGGCGCACUCACCCCUUCGUAUGUUCAAGCAGUUCCACGAUAAACGGGUUUUGAUCUCAGGACAGGGCAAGACCCGCGAGAUAGCAAAAGAAUUAGGAUUUAAGAAUACAGUGACGAUAGACGAAUUAGUUAGGAAUUUUCCAAGCCUAGAUUACGUUAAUAAAGACAGGAGGGAUCCAACGUGUGGUCCUGUGGAUCCAAACUUCGCUCCAAUCGAGGGGAUAGUCAUGUUGAGUGAACCCACGACCUGGGAGACACCCUUGCAGCUGAUGGUGGAUCUCAUGAUGACUAAUGGAAUGCCAUCAAAAUUGCCAAGUGUUCUACCCCAUCCCCACAUACCUGUACUAGCCUGCAAUAUGGAUCUGCUCUGGGUGUCCGAAGCUCCCAUACCUCGAUAUGGUCAUGGAGCUUUUCUUGUUUGCUUAGAGGCUCUGUAUAAAAAAGUCACUGGAAAGGACAUGAUUUAUACGGCGCUAAUUGGAAAACCCAGUGAAGUUACUUAUUAUCACGCUAAUCAAAUGAUUAUGAAGCAUGCAAAGGCUAUCGGGAUCGAUCACAAUGUGGACACUAUUUAUGCUAUUGGGGACAACAUCAAUACCGACGUAUUCGGUGCAAAUCUCUAUGACAAAUACCUAGCGAGAUAUUCAAAAGGCAAAGAGACAAAAUCACGGGGAAUGGAAAAAUUAUUAGGCACAAAUUUAGAAGCACCAACUGUUAAAGCAUGUAUCAGUAUUUUAGUUGAAACUGGUGUUCAUCGACGUGACUCUGAAUUCAUAUCGGAGCAUUGCCCGAGGGACUUCCUACCGCUGGAGGAGGGUCUCUGCAGGCCAGCUUUCGUUGUUAAAGAUGUAGGUCGAGCGAUAAAUCUGGCAUUGAAGGAAGAAAAUUUCGAUUAAGAAUUGUAUAUAUUUUAUGUAGUGUGAGCUCAACGAAAAUAACGACGAAAAAUAUAGAAGAGUAUUGACGUGAACGUACGUUCGUAAAUUUUUAGUGAAUUAUAGAUGCAUUCAACGAAGAAAUGAAUGAAUUUCAAAUUAUUUUAAAUGCAGGAAUUGAUUCAUCGCUGGUAGAAAAUUAAUUUUGUACAGAAAUUCAUGAUUAAUGAGAUGAGAAUUUUCAUUUUCUACGAAUCUAGUCCACCACGAUUAUGCAGCAUAUUUGAAGCUAUCAAUUGUGUAGUUGCUCAAUUUAUGUAAUUUUUGUCUUGAAGACACUUUUGUUAUCAAUUGAAAAGCUUGUGCGUUAAUGUGAUGCGUUCAAGUUUGCAUAUAUUUGGAGCAUUAUUGCAUAUUGUGAAGCAUAUUAAAAAAUCGACAACGCAGACAAUUGUUUCUGUAGCUAAAUGCUCUGCAGGACUUCAAAAACUGUUUUAGUUCGUGCCCCCCAAUUUCAUUCAAAUGAUAAUGAGAAUAUUAAAUAAUUCUUGUCAAAAAACGUGGGAAAAGAUUUUGGGGGUUGGCCAUAAUCUGUAAAGUUUAAUAUGUUCCGUAGUAUCUUCUCCUCAAAUUACGAGAUACCUUUCAAAAGUCGAGACUAAGUUCAAGUAAACUUCAAUCGCUUUACCUGUAUGUUAUUCAAUACUUCUGAAACUCAGAGAUAUCGCUUUCAGGAAAAACUGUCAAAGACUUUCUCUGUUAAUUGCAAAUUUUUUAAUUCAAAAGGAUACUUGAUUGAUAUCCUCAUAUUUCUCAGCACUGAUAUUGGCCAAUUAAUGAGAAAAGUUCGCCAAGCUUAUCACCUUUCAUAACAUGACGACCGCAUAAUUAUUAAAAACCACCGAAAAACUAAUCGAAGAGUACCUUUACAGUGCUCCUUAUUUCUAUCGUUUUAUAUUCGCUUCCAUUUUUUCGAAUGUGAAUUUUAUUUUCUCAACGUACAAAUAUACAUAUAUACAAAAUACAUAUAUAUAUUUUUUUAUAAAAAACGACAAAAAACAUCAACUGCGAAAUUAAUAGAGUUGUAAAAUAUUUCAUGUAACUGUACAUUGUUAUCAUACCAGAACGUUGUUCGCCCUCGAAAUUGCCAGUGAAAAUAGAUUCUAUUAUUGAAUAGAAUAAGUUACAGACGAUAAAUAAAUGACAAUUAACGUUACAGCGAAA